AGACUUAAUCGCCUGCUCGUCGACUCAUUUGCUCAGUCCUUUCCCUUUCUUUUCGCUAACCAGAGAGAAAACGACAUCGUUCUGAACUUCGUACAAUGGCGUCACCUCCGUCCCCGACGUCGUCGGUCGGCAGCUCCUCGUCGUCGUCGUUUGCCAACUCCAAAUUCUCGUCUCUACCCGUAAUGGCGCUCCGGGAGAAGAUCGUCGAGAAAAUCCUUGAUAAUCGCGUCACUCUCAUCGUUGGCGAGACCGGUUGCGGGAAAAGCUCGCAAGUUCCUCAGUUUCUUCUGGAAGCGAAUUUGAAGCCAAUUAUAUGCACACAGCCCAGGAGAUUUGCAGUCGUUGCUGUUGCGAAAAUGGUUGCGAAAGCUCGGAAUUGCGAGCUUGGUGGAGAGGUUGGAUAUCACAUUGGCCAUUCAAAGCACUUAUCGCCAAGGUCUUCGAUUGUUUUUAAAACUGCUGGAGUUUUAUUGGAUGAAAUGCGAGAUAAGGGGAUGCAUGCACUUGAUUACAAGGUCAUUGUUCUUGAUGAAGUGCAUGAAAGAUCUGUUGAAUCCGAUCUUGUUCUUGUUUGUGUUAAGCAGUUUCUGACGAGGAACAACAACUUGAGGGUUGUGUUGAUGUCUGCAACUGCUGAUAUUGCGAGAUACAGGGAUUACUUUAAGGAUCUUGGCAGGGGUGAGCGAGUGGAAGUGCUUGCAAUCCCUUCCACCGGCCAAAAUACCAUUUUUCAGAAAAGGGUUUCUUAUCUUGAAGAGGUCACCGAACUUCUCAACAUCGACUCAGAGUUGAUUCCUUCAAAAUAUUGUCCAGGUGCAAGUCCUAAAAUGGCUCAAGCUGAUAUUAAGCCUGAAGUGCACCAACUUAUCCAUCGUUUGGUGUUGCAUAUUCACGACCAUGAGCCAGACAUUGAGAAGAGCAUUUUGAUUUUUCUUCCUACAUACUAUGCACUGGAGCAGCAAUGGUUCCUUCUGAAGACGUUUAGUUCAUCUUUUAAAGUUCAUAUUUUACAUAGCAGCAUUGACACUGAACAAGCUCUCAUGAGUAUGAAGAUAUGGAAAACCCAUCGUAAAGUGAUACUGGCUACCAAUAUUGCAGAAUCAUCAGUAACAAUACCCAAGGUGGCCUAUGUUAUUGAUUCAUGCCGAUCUUUACAAGUCUUCUGGAACAGUUUUCAGAAGAAGGAAGCUGCAAAGCUUGUUUGGGUUUCUCGUUCUCAGGCUGAGCAGCGUAAAGGAAGAACUGGUCGAACUUGUGAUGGCCAGAUUUAUCGGUUGGUUACUAGACCAUUUUUCAACCUGAUUGAUGAUUACGAGGGUCCGUCUAUACUGAGGUUAUCAUUGAGGCUGCAAGUGCUUCAGAUAUGCUGUGCUGAAUCUAAAGCCAUUAAUGAUCCCAAAGGCUUAUUGCUGAAGGCUCUAGAUCCACCAUAUCCUGAAGUUGUUGAAGAUGCAUUGGAAUUGCUUGUUCAAAUGAAAGCAUUGGAGAAAACAUUUCAAAGGGGCCGGUAUGAGCCUACAUUUUAUGGGCGCUUGCUUGCCAGUUUCUCCUUGUCUUUUGAUGCUUCUCUGCUUGUACUCAAGUUUGGAGAUAUUGGAAUGCUACGCGAAGGAAUUAUUCUGGGAAUAUUAAUGGAUACGCAGCCUUUACCUAUUGUUCGUCCUUUUGGAGAUGAAAUUUUGUGUUCAGAAUAUGCUGACAGCUACUUUUGUGGAGCUGAGAACAAUACUGCCCUAAGGGGUAGGAAGGAGACUAUAUUCAUGGCAAAUUUGUGUGCAUUUCAAUUUUGGCAACGCGUUUUCAAGGAUAAGCAACGUGUGGAGCAAUUGAAGCAACUAAUUUUUGAUGAGACAACAGCAACUACUGUACUGCUUCCAAAGGUUGAAGAAGAUUGGUGCUUUUUGCAUAAUCUUGUGCAGUCGUCACUAAAACAUGUAUCUGAAAUAUAUGAAGAUAUACUAGAUUCAGUGCACCGGUUUCGGCCCAAAUUUUUGUCUACAUCUAAUGGACUUCCAUCCUACUAUGACCCUUAUGAAUUUGAGCAUACGUGCCUCCUUGCAUAUCAAGAACCAAAAGAAGCUACGGAUGCCCUUUCUUCAGCUGAUCAGCACCUUGAGCCAUCUGGUGAAACAAAGAAAUGUAUUUCUGUACCUUUUGUUGCUCCAGAUACCUUCCGAAACAAUGACGUGGCUGAAAAGUUGGCAACAAUAAACAAACAGAUACGAGUUCAGUAUACAGAAGAUGUAUCUGCUAAUCAGGUUUUGGAUGCUGAUGAGCCUCCUAUAUGUAUAUAUUUUAUCAAUGGGAGCUGCAGAAAUGGCAGUCAAUGCCAGUUUUCUCAUUCACUUGGAGCAAGGAGACCCCCAUGCAAAUUUUUCUCUUCGCCACAGGGUUGUCGAUAUGGAGACAAUUGCUUAUUUUCUCAUGAUGAGGGUCCACCAAUUCCAUCACCUAGCUCAACUCUAUGCAUACCAGAAGGUGGUGAAGCCGAAGCUACAUCACUUCUACAGUUGUUUCCGACUUCAGAUGGAUGCAUUCUCGUAUUGGAUGACACCAAUCUAGAAUUUUCCUCAAAUUUAGCUAAAUUUUGUGAUCCAUCGAAAGUAGUAUCCACCACCAGUUUGUCGGAUACAACCAUAUUUGACCCAUCACUGACCGGUGUCAAAAUUUUGUGGGGGCUGCAGCACCCAUAUGAGACAAUUGUGUCCAAAGGAGGAGAGAACCAGAUUCCAUGGAACGAAGUUAAGUGCGUGCUAUGGUUUCCUGAUUUUGAUAAAUACAGUGAGAAUCUGGACAGACAGAAGAUUCUCUUGCAGAAUUUCUUCGAGUAUCUUGCCAUCCGAAUGUUAGCUGAUGCCUUGUACAAAGUUCGAGUUGUACUCACUAUGAACAACAUCAGGUUUUCUCAGCUACAGGUUGAAAAGUUUGGCAGGGAAAGCUUCUUUUUCCUGUCAGAGUCAUUUCCAUUCGAUCACCACAGCUUCGGGGAGUUGCCAGACAAAAUCACGACAAAGAAGCCGAUGGUGGUUUCGAGGCCAAUUUCAUAUGUUUUCGACUUUCACAAGCCUUCGAACUUUCAGUUUGGCAACAAUGCAACCGGAGUUCGCAGUUAUGCUCAUUACAUCCAGGAAAAUUACUGAAAGUUGUUAACUAGUUGCUAAGGUUUUGAAAUCGGAUUGCGAAUUUUACCCUUUCUAGACUCAUCGAAUGUUCUGUCUUUUUCUUCCUGUCAGAGUCGUUUCCAUUGAAAUAUUGGCUGAAGUGAAUUUGUUGUUUUUGUAGUA